AUGGAAAAUAAGCAUAAUGGUGUUUCAUAUAGAGAAUCAGUGAUGGUCACAAUAAAGGGUAAUGAGGUUGAGCCUGAAAGGAUCUUAACUAUAUUCACAGCCAUUGACUUGUCAAAUAACAUGUUUGAUGGAGAGAUUUCACAUGUUAUUGGUGAGCUACAUUUGUUAAAAGGGCUAAACCUGUCCCAUAAUAAAAUUACUGGUCCUAUUCCUCAAUCCAUUGCAAAUUUGACAUAUCUAGAAUGGUUAGAUUUAUCAUCAAAUAGGCUUACAGGUGGGAUUCCUCUUGCACUGACAAAUCUCAACUUCUUUGAAGUUCUGAAUCUUUCACAGAAUCAACUUGUUGGAGAAAUACCUAGAGGGAAAUUGCCACAAGCAACUUCAUCAACUAAUGACAAAUUUGGAUUUCGUUGGAAACCAAUGGCUUUGGGAUAUGGAUGUGGAAUGAUGUUUGGAAUACUCAUGGGUCAAGUUGUUUUCUCAGCUGGAAAACGAGAAGGGUUUGUCAGAAUUUUUCAAGGGUUGAUGGUUUCUGCAAGCUUUGGCUUCGGAUUUCUUGUCCAUUUGGGAGGCAAGAGUUGGCUUUGUGAUUGCAUGAUGUUGGUUCUGGUUUUGUAA